CAUACACAUACAUACAUACAUACAUACAUAUAUAGGUCAAUAUAUGAGCAUGGAAUACUACACAUUGUCACAAGGAUACGCACAAGCAGACGAAGAACGAUCAUCUGGAAACCAUCACGUGAGAGCCACGUGGACAGACGAACGUUACGAGAGCGACGAAGAAGAUGGAUCGAGAGAAAAAAUGGUUCGCAAAGUUAACCUAAAACGAGAAGAAGAGGUAGAAACGAACGAUUUCGUGACGUCAUCAUCGGAGAAGGUGACGGGUGAGAGAAUGGUCAUGACGAGUAACGUUAAGUACAUAACUUAUGGAGCUCUGAAGCACGACAAUGGCGGACAAGGAGGAGGAAGAGCUAUGCCCAUGCCGUCGAACAGGUACAGCAAGGGACACCCAAAAUACUACAGGUGCAGGGGAUGAAACCCUAAUUGCCAAAAUCAUUAUAUGUUUCAUAUAUAUAAUACCGACAAAAAAAAAUGAUAAAUGGGAUAAUAAAUAUAUAGUUUUAGACAAAAGAGAAUUUGCGCUUCAACAUAACAAAACACAUACUAAUAGUGAAUCCAGAAUACCGGAGGUGUACGAUAUAUGUACGAUAUACAAUCCUUAUUAAUAUGCUAUUAGGGUUUCAUUUUAAAAAAUUUAUAAUUUGAUGAUUUAUAAAUUAUAAAUUAUAUUCCAUUGUAUGUA